UCCACAUUGUCUCCUCUGUCAAUCUCAUACACUUCUAUCUACAGCUUUCUUGCCCCUCCUUCCUCAGACCCAAGCAUUGAACCUCCCAGGAAACAGGCACAACUGCACUUCUAACCCUGCAGCAAGCUGGAGCCUUUCUCUGCAGGAUCAGCUUGACAAAGGAGCUGCAGAAAAGAUUACCCUGGGUCUGAGAUGGAGACCUCACUGCUGCUGCUCAGCCUGGGACUGGUUCUCACAGGAGCUUCCGAAAGCACAGUGGAGGUAACUAAAGAAGAAUUUGCAGCGAAGAAAGUGCAAUAUGCCUUGGCAAAGAGCGGUCGAGAAACACAAACUGAUAAGGUAUUAAUGAACUUGACCUUGUUAGAUAAAAACACCAGUCCCAUCCUGUCCAAGGAUAUGAUGUCUUCCUCCUUACUGACACUCAGGAAGUUACAGUAUAGAAUCCCCAAGGUAAACAGUCUGAGUAGUGACAGGGAAUGCUGCAAUGAAGUGACUAUCUGGAGAAAAGCUUCCGAAGCCAACGGCUCUUGCAGGCUGAGCAAUGACCUCACCUGUGGCACCAUGGAAGGGAUCCGUGGGGUCCAGAAGAUGCCCAGCUGCAAGUGUGGAGAGAAUCCUGGCGUAAGCUGCUGUCAGAGAGCGGAACCGGAGAAGACCAUGUGCCAGCUCCCCACGGGCAGACAGUUCCCCAGGUGCCGGUACCACAGUGUUACUUCACUGAAGAAACUGCUGACGGUGCUGACCGGCCAUUCUCUGAUGAGCUGGUUAGUCAGUGGCUCUAAACUCUAAAUCCCACAGGCCUUUGAGACUGGAGCCUACCUGAGAGGAAUGUGUGCAUGCUUGUCCUUCCUCCUUUCCUUCUAUCAUCCACAUCCAUCAUCUCGCACAACAGUAAACUCUUGAUUAUUUAUACUCUUUGGAGGAGUGAAAAAUCCAAAAUUAUGGGUAAUCCAGUUAAAAUGUACAGCUGAUCCUGGCGUGCAGAUUCACAUCCUCCCUCCCCCUACUUCCUUCCUUCCUCCCUUCCUCCCUUCCUCCCUCCCUCCCUCCCUCCUCUCCAUCCUUCCCUCCUUCCUUCCUUCCUGCCUCCCACCCUUCCUUCCUCCCUCCCUCCCUUCCCUCCAUCCUCCCUUCCUCCCUUCCUUCCUCCCUCCCUUCCCUCCCUCCCUCCCUUCCUUCCUUCCUUCCACUCCUUGCCUUCUCUGCACCAUAUUGAACUCUAUGCUAAUUCAGUUCUAAAGGUGAGAAGCUGAGUCUAGCCACCUGGGCAAAAGUGAGGAGAGAAGUUCUAAAAUCAACGUGGCUAGUUCACAGUUAAUGGUACUGCCGACGAGACUAUUCCGAAGAAUAGUGAAUGAGUGUGGCAGGCUGCUUUCAUGCUUCUGCUCAGUGUGUGCAUCGCCACCCACACAGCCGUGGCUCUGCCAUCACUAGGAUGCGCCUAACGGAAGACUCCCUUGGGCUCAGCUGCUGCUCUCAGUGUCACUGCUCCGCUGCUACACAGCAACCGUUCCUCCAGCCUCAGCCCCAUCUCACAGGUUGCUAUAAAAACAAGGAAUGAAACUCUGACUGCAGUUUGUGCUCAAAGUCUCGUCUCGCUGGAGUUGCGAGACAGUAAUGGCCAGCCAUGGAGGAAUGAAGAAGGCAUGGAGAUGGAGAUAGGAAGUCUGUGCCAAGUUCCAGGCCGGACUGACGUUCGAUCUUGAUGUUUUCUGAUAUGGCAGCCAGUUUUUUCAGUUAUUUAUUUGUAAGUCUUCAUGAGUCAACAUUCUGCAAAAGUAUGGAUGGUUACCUUGUUCAUUGCUGUUCAUACAUGCUCUGACGCUGUAAUCCUCCCGCCACCCCCAUUUUCAAUAAAUGUGUGUAGAUGAAUGUUGUAC